AUGGCAGAGGACAUGAUGCAGGAAAAUGUGGAAAACAAAUCACCCCAGCUGAAUCAAGCCGGAAAGAAAAGUACGUUGUUUUUACUGAAAGAAAUUAAAGGGUUUUAUCUCUUGCUCGAAAAUUUCUGUUUUAUUUAUUUCCUUUCAGAGCCUUCCCGAUCAAAAAGACCUGGAUACAAAGAGAAAAUACAAGCGGAACAAAAAAGGUGAGAGCCUUGUUUUGGUUUGCCCGUAAAAGUGUGAAUUUAAAGAGCAAGUAAAGGCAUAUAUUUUAGUGGCUCGGCGGCUUGGUGGCUCGUCAGUCAGGACCACCGAGCCACCGAGCCAGUAGUUAUACCAGUACUUUUUUGUGAAAAUUCUUAGUACAUGUAUCAGUCUAUAUUUUCAGGCUAAAAGAUCUUGAAGCUUCAAUUCGUUCACAAGUGGCUGCUGAAGAGAGAGCUCAUAAAAUUGUAGAGAAACUUGUUCUUGAGGAUGAAAUCUCAGAGGAAUUUCUUCUACAGUCAGUGAGUUUCAAAAUGUGAUAUUUUAAAUUAACUCUUCCCCUUUCAAAAAAAUAUUUGAAUUUAACAAAAAAAUAACAGAAUUCUUAAAGUUGGGCCCUUCCCCCCCCCCCCCCCCCCCCUCCCAACUUAUCAGCCCUCUGUGUUCAACAUGUUAAAAAUAUCUAAAAACAAGCAACACUAGCUUUAUUUUCUUUCUCAUUAGAAACACUGAUUUGGCUGAGUAAUUUACAAUGCAAAAAAUUGUUUAUCAGUAUGACUUAUUAUCCUGGGCAACAGGCGAUUUUGUUAGAAGAAAAAAGAAAGAAUCAACUGGUUUUUUUGUUAUUAUAUACACUGUACCUGCCAAGUCUCACAUGUUAUGCUUGAGUCUCAUGCCUGCAUACUGAACACAUUGAUGUCACACGUCAAGGACAAUUUCUCACGCUUGACUCACAAAUCCAGGUGAAUUGUUUUUUGAAGACUGUGUGGCUAAGUGGUUAACACCCCGAACUCUGGAUCUGGAGAUCCAGGCCUCAAGUCUUUCCCUGUGCAUUGUUUCCUUAGACAAGGAACUUUGCUCCACUUUGUCUCUCUUCACCCAGGUGUAUAAAUGGGUACCGGCGACAUACUUCUGGGGGAUAACCCUACAAUGGACUAGCAUCCCAUCCAGGGGGGAGUAGCAAUUCUCCUUGCCAUGCUUCAUGCUAAGGAAACCAGGAUACGCUCUGGCCAUUUGGGCCUUUGGCUCAUGCGCAUUCUUUUUACCCAGGUAAUAAUGAAAGUUCAAUUCACUUCCACGAAAAUGUUCCAAAAAGGCAUUGAAUGAUGACUUUGUGCUCUAACAAAAUUAAAACACGCUAAAAUUGUUGUCUUUUAAAUAGCUUCAGAAGUGCUCGAAAUUCAUCGGAACAUCUUUGGACAUUUUUGGCAAUGUUCAGCAAUCUUUGGAAAAUUGUCGGAAAUCUUCAGAAGUUGCUGGAACAUUUUCGGAAAUCCCGGUCAUGACAAGGCGAAAAUCUCACUCAUUUGACUCAGAAAAAGUUGGCAGGUUCAAUGUGCAAUUAUAAAUGUGUGUUAUGUACAUUUAUGUAAAUCUUAACUUUUUUCCACUGGUUAGGUAGGCUGUAAUUCUCAGGCCAGUUUUCCCCAGAUAUAAUUGCAACACUGACGUUGCCUCAAAGUAAAUAACCUUAGACAUUGACUUAAGUUGGAUCCUUGUUGUAGGGCAACUUUAUCACCACCAGCCAUUAUGCAGAUGUGGUCGAAGAAAGAAUGAUAGCCCAAAAAUGUGGUUACCCCUUAUGCAAGAAUCAUCUGAGUAAGGUGAGUGCUGGUACACCCAGGGCUUUCAGUAAGAUUUGAAUUAGGAAGCUACACCAUAGUCUAUGAGCACAAUUUGAAAGAAUUUCCAAUUAAAGUAGUCAAUGGUUUUCAUCAGCUGUUGUUGGUGCUAAAUGAAAACAUAGUUUAUCUAUUAGGCAGCCUGAGCUAAUGGCCAACAUUUUGCAAUGCUUCCACUGGCUUAUUCACAAAACAACAUCUGAAGAAUGACUGCAGAAAUUCCAUACUGAUGACGUGUCACCACCCAGUUCUGGCCAGUGCUUCUGAUGGGUCAGACUGCAAGGGUAAUUUGCUUCAGCCAAUCAGAAGCACUAUUAAGGUCUAGGUAGUGAAACAUCAUCAGUGUAGAAUUUCUGCAGCUGUUCUUAGUUUAGACCUCAUUUCAAAAGCCAAACGAUUGGUGGCUUUGCAAAACCUUAAUUGUCUGUUUUCUCUGGAGAUACAUCUAUAAUAACGCAAAGAGCCUUUUAUGAAGCAGUGAUUAAAGCAUAAUUAUGUUGACAGUAGGUAAAAUCUCUAUUCUCUUAUUACAGAAUUUCUCUUGUCUCAUAUGAAUAAUUUACAGCCAGGAAGCUAAGAAAAGUGGGAAGCAAACUAGGUUGAAUACUGGCUUUUUAACCCAAGAACAGAUUUUGCCUCCUGCACAUAUACUGGAAUGAAAUGCUUCUCUAUUUCUUGUAUACACAUGUAUUCAAGUAUGUUAAGUGUCUAUUUCUGUGCAUAUAAACCACAUCAAACCUGGAGUCAUAAAGAUUAUUAUAUACAAGUCAUUCUCAGUCGACUUGAAAAAUAUGAAUUGAAGAAGAAAAAUAAUGAUAUUUUACACUUUGUCUAGAAUAUAUGAUGGGCUAGCAAAAUCAUUGUUGUGACCAUCCAAACAAAAGCCUACUUAAAUUUGUAAGCAGUGCUUUAUCUUAGUCCGUUUGUUCCAGAAAAAAAUUGAGGUUAUCAGGGAUAAUUAGUUUCUGUCAUAUUUGGGAGUGAGUGGGUUAAAGAAACCUAAGAAGAGUCAGUGUACAACAAGAUUUUGCAUAUUAUUUUGUCAUUGUUCAUUUAAAAAAUGAUUUUGAUUUUGUACUGCAUGUAGAGAAAACACUCAUUUGAAUAAUGAGAGAAGUUACAUGCAUAACAGGACAGAGGGACAGUGUAUAUGGUGUAUUAAAAGUAGAAAAUUAUUAUUUUAAAAAAUGGGGGAUCCUAUUCCCUGUUUUCUUCUAUUGUGACACAAAUAGCAUAAGCAAAUGUUUUGUAUUACAUGUAUUAAAGCCCUGUGAUAUUUUGUUUGAAUUGUUUUUAGAUUCCAUCUCAAAAAUAUAAAAUCUCGUUGCAAACAAAUAGAGUCUAUGAUAUUACUGAAAGAAAGGUGAGUUUUUACUUUUAUCAUACUAUGAUUUAGCAGUCUAUUCCUUGUAGAAACGUGUGCUGUGUACUGCCAUUUAACAAAAUCGGUAGAAACUCAGUGGAGCUAAUUGAUUGUUUUGAUUAACACACUGUCAACUUCUUUCCUACUUGAUCCAGUGGACAAUACUGUACAUUUUAUUUCCUAUCUUUAAAUGUUGCCUAUAAUUUCUCUUAGCAUUGUGCAGCUUGCUGUCAUGAACAGGAACACAUAUCAAACCAGAAAGGUUUCCUGUACAUUUAGUUCACCAAACAAAUAAACAAUUCUUUAUUUUCUGGGGGCAACACCCCUACUGAAAAUGGUCUACAGUUGUGGUGGCACCCCUGCCACUCCCUUGACUUUGUCCUUUUUUUACUGUUGUAAUUUUUUUCAGAUCAAAGAGUGAAAUGUAACACUAACAAAAAUCUCAAAAAAUAGUACAUAGUGUACAUGAGCAGGAACGUCUGUCUCAAUAACUCUUCAGGGGAAAAACUUCCUUGGCUAAGAGUAAAAUAUAAUUCUUUUGAUUUUCUGAAAUGCCAUUGAAUUGACUUGUUGGUUUUCUGUAACAGUGCUUUUGCAGCAACUUCUGUUUUAAAGCAUCAAAAUAUUUUGGAUCACAAAUUUCAGAUUCUCCUGUCUGGACCAGGAUUGAUGAAAGGUAUGGUGGCAAUUUACGUUGAAUAUAGCCUUAAGAAAAUCAAUGCUUAUGAUGAGCUUCUAAUGUUUGUCCUAAUUAAGGCACUUGUCAUUUUAGUCAAUUUACCUUUAGCUUUUUUAAGGUAUUGUUGUAAAAUGUUCCUUGCAAUAACAAUUUGGAUUUUUUUCAAGUGUGCCUUUCAUUGUCCUGCAGGCAUGGUUUCCUUACCCCUAUAUGUAGGAGACCUUAUUCAGACUUUUGGCAAUAGAGAAGAUCUGAUUUGGGUUAAAAUCUGGCUGAUUCAAGUGCCUUGUCUUGCUUCUGGCUAGUGGCCCUGUUUUGCAUAAUAGUUGCAAAAUUGAAUGAGCAAAUCAUUCAGUUACAAAUGGGUUGUGGUAGGUUAUAUGCACUUAAAGACCUUCACACACUUUCGAAGCUUUACAUGCAUAUUUUUCCGAGCCUUCACAGAUAUCAGCAAAAACAUGUCUCAACUAAACUUUGAUGUACGUGUAUUUAAUAGUAAUUUAAAUUUUGUUUUCUUAGUCCGAAAGUGUUUAGUUUAUUGGAGAGUGAAGAUAGCUCUGGUGGGUAAGGUUUGUUUCAGUUUCUUUUGUUAAUUCAAUUCAAUUUUAUUAUUCACACUUUAUAAAAUAUUUACAUUAUAUAUAGUAUUAAAGGUAGGAAUACACUAAUGAAGGAGAAGAAGAAGGGAAAAAAAAGAAGAAAAUUAAUGGCUUAGGUAGAAGUGUACGGUGGUCAGAGGAGCUUAGCUUUCGAGCUAACCACCGCUAAUGAUUGCUGUAACCUUUCUACUCCACCUGCCUUGUCUAGCUCUCGCUAUUUGCAGGCAAAUGCGUUAAACUCAGAUAAACUAAACGUACAAUACUCACUGCCGGCCUGGUAGUCAGCUAGACUGAAUGUUGAUCAUCCUGACCUCUGAUUUUGAUAGAACUGGUGCUGGCAACGUUUUGCUGGGAGAGGAUGAAGAGCAAGAAAAUGUCAGGUGAAUAUGCCUUAUUCUAAUGUACAUUAUAAUGUUUAUAUUGUCUGUGAUAUACAAAGAAAGCAUACACAAAUCAUGACGUGGCGUUGAUCAUGGUGUGGUUUUCUGUUGUGCCUCAUGGUAGAGAUUACAAUAUAUUAAAUGAUAAAAAGAGUCCUGUUUUUGUUAGCAUAUGGUGCAGUGUAUGUUUUAACCCACAGGCCAAAGAUUUCUAGUGCAGUUAUCCUAAAGUGUGGUUACCAUGCAUGCUUUAGUGCAAACAGCGUCUGCCUCGAAGGUUCUGAGAAAUGGACUAAGCUCAUUUGCAUUAAAUCCCCACUGUGAAUUACAUGUAACCUUCAGUAUCUUGACGAAGUGACUCCCACAACAACUUGUCCUAAUGUCUAGCGAGGAUCAGGGUACAGUACCACUACCACUAACACUACUACUACUACUACUGCUGCUGCUGCUGCUAUUAUUAUUAUAUUAUUAUUAUUAUUAUUAUUAUUAUUAUUAUUAUUAUUAUUAUUAUUAUUAUUAUUAUUAUUAUUAUUAUUAUUAUUACAGUGUGUCACAGAUGUGAUUACUAUAUUGCGUAAACCAGUCCAGUGCCUACUGUGUCAAUCAUACCGACCUGUCAGUGAACAUUAGCUUAAUUGUUAUUGGGUUUGCUUUGUUUUUAGUGAUGGGAACGGAGGCGAACGCUUGGAAGAUUCCGACCAGGAUGAUUUUCCUUCAAUCAAUACUGAAGACCAAAGUGAGGGAAGUAAACUUUAUGAAAACAAACUUACAGACGACAAUCAAGACUUGAAAAAGGAUAAUAACUCUGAAAACUUAAAUCCAGGAUACUCUGUUUGUGAUAUUGAUGGUAGUAAGACAGCUCGUUCAUGGAAAAAUGAGGAUAACAAAGAAUCUAGUGCGGAAAACAGAACAUUUUCUUCAGAGAAAGUAAGAAGGCAUGUCGUAAGAAAUGACUCCCAUCACAGUAGAGAAACUAUCAUUCAAUCUGUGCAAACCGUGUUUCAAGAAUGGUGUACGCAUUCAACGCUUGAGUAUUUGGGCCUCUCAGAUGAUAAAACAAUGACAGAGACUAGAUCACCAGACGAAGGAGAAAGAGGUAGGAGGAGCUUGUUGAAACAUUCCUUUAGCGUAUGGGAAGUUUCUUUGGCUAACGACACUUUGUCCAUGACGCACAUUUGCCCAUGUCCGACGAAGUUUAAACUUUGGUUUGACUUGAUGUUCGGCCAAAGUUAAAACCAAUUUAUUACUGUGCGUGAUUCAAUUUUACCUUGAGGGGAUGUGAAUUGUUGCACCAAAGAAAAAGCAUUGUUGCCGUGAAAAUGAUAUACAGCAGUAAUCAGUUUACCUGCGAAUCCCGCCUAUUAUGUACAAUUUUAUUAAAGACGCGUAAUGCGUUCUUGAUUGAGUCAACUAUACAUCGUUGUGGCUCUAAGCUAGACUAUUCAAAAUGUGUGGAGGGACUCUAACCCUAUAUGUAAGAGUCAAGGAUUUUUUGUUUAUUUUCAGACUAACUUAGGAAUUAAAAUUAAGAAAAUUUACGGAAAUUAGGGUAUCACAACUGGAUUUCUGAGGGAAACCGCUUACUUGCUGCCAAAAAAAAGUUCCGAGGCCAUUGCAACCCGUGAGAGCUCUGGCACUCUAUCCUAAUACUGGAAUGUACCACAUAAUUUCACCAGAUUGUUCUACAACAUACCAUUUUUUAUUCAGAUUCAGACAUAGCGAGAGCUACUCGGUUCUUUCAGCCGGUGGUCAACGUUAAGAAGGAUUAUGACUCAGAUUCAGAUACUGAGAAAACAUCGAGUAAUCUGAGCGAUGAAGAUAUCACCAUAAAAGAGAGAUACAAUAAGGUGUGACAGGGCUCAGAAGUAGUAAUAAUAAUAAUAAGUAUAUUCUUGUCAUGUACAUGUAGCUGUUUUGUUUAUGUAUUGUUUUAGAUCUUUUUUUGAAACCAUAGCUCAAUGACAAACGAAUUUUUCUCGAGCAUAAUAAUUUAGAGAAAUAAAUCUUUAAAUAAAAAAACUUGACAAGCUGAACAGUUUUCGAAGACACCUGUUAUCUUCUUCUGUUUUAUGGGUUUUUAUUUAUUGUGUAAUUAAAAAAAAUAGGACAGCAUUUUUUAUUUUCUAAUUAGUUUGGUGGCCAAUUACCUAUUAGUGAAUUUGGUCAAAUUGCUCGACAUACAGUGUAGCUCCUUUUAAAAUUAAGAUCUGACCUGCACGGCAAGGCCGCGGUAACAACAAAUUAAUAAAUAAAUAAGAUGAACAUUGUGUUACAGAGACAUACUAAGAAAUGUUAUCUUUCAUGAAUCAAGAUGUAUUUUUCUCUAAUAUUUUACUGUCAGUUGCUAGUUCUUUUAAAAGGUAAUACCAUAGGCUACUGUUGGAACAAGUGUGCAACUGCGACUGUCACCACGAGAAAUUCCAAUUCCUUUUUUUUCCCUCUAGGAACCCGUUUGUGUUCUGCCACCGAUUGACUUCAAAUCACAAACAACCAUCAGGAGACGAAUCGUGUUGGACAAGCUGUUCCGAACGUAAGUUGGAGACUCUCUUGUCUAUUGUUUUCUGGUCUGCUGCAAUUUGAAAAUCUGAUUUAGAAAUCUAAGCCUUUCAUGUCGCGAGCGUACCCUCUGCAAGCGCGAACAAAUAAUGUCGAUAUUAACUAGCGCAGACCAAUCGCCAAGUUUUGUAUCGGUCAGUCUGGUGAUGAUAGUGCGCACCUCUUCACUGCUACUGGUCCGAAAAAAAAAACAAAAGGUCUUACUUCUCCACCCUUCGCAGAGACUCUGUGGAAACUAGUCGGUCAGGACAACGGCAAGAACGGGGGAGCCCCCCUGAACAAUUUCAAGAAGCAUUUCAAUCUCCGGCUUCUGAUUGGCCAGGAAAAAUAUAUUUCUCUUCCCUCGUCCCCUGCCACCAAGAAUUGAUGGUUGUCCAUCACGAUACUACUGGUUGCGUUUGCUGCACUCUUUUUGUUUUGUAUUGCUUUUUUUUUCAUUCCUCCAGUCUGCCAGACCUGUUGAGUGAAAUCAAGUUGACUGUGGGUGAAGUAUCACAUGACCUAACACAGCUGGUUCGUACGUUUAGGUGAGUAAACUGCACCACAGAUUUUACUGUCUCAAGCACAGGCGAAGUAAAAUCAAGCAACUUCUGCCAACCCAGGGAAGCCCUAGAAAACAACCAUACAAUCCGUUAAAAACAUAGAAAACUUCAUGGAAGCGUGCAGUCGGUAAAAACGUAUAAUCCAUGCACGCGAUUGAAAGUGUGAGAAAAAACGCAACGGAUUAAGAAUCGACGGGGGGGGGAGGGGGGGGGAAGUGNCCCUGCCACCAAGAAUUGAUGGUUGUCCAUCACGAUACUACUGGUUGCGUUUGCUGCACUCUUUUUGUUUUGUAUUGCUUUUUUUUUCAUUCCUCCAGUCUGCCAGACCUGUUGAGUGAAAUCAAGUUGACUGUGGGUGAAGUAUCACAUGACCUAACACAGCUGGUUCGUACGUUUAGGUGAGUAAACUGCACCACAGAUUUUACUGUCUCAAGCACAGGCGAAGUAAAAUCAAGCAACUUCUGCCAACCCAGGGAAGCCCUAGAAAACAACCAUACAAUCCGUUAAAAACAUAGAAAACUUCAUGGAAGCGUGCAGUCGGUAAAAACGUAUAAUCCAUGCACGCGAUUGAAAGUGUGAGAAAAAACGCAACGGAUUAAGAAUCGACGGGGGGGGGAGGGGGGGGGGAAGUGCCACAGAUUAAAACUUGCCAGCCAGCGUUGGCCAGAUUUGAAAGAUGUUCCAGUAUCAAUAUAAUUGACGUUAAUCGUACUGACAUGGCUCAACUGCUUUUGGUAGUUAAGAGCUGGAAAGCGGAAGAGUCCUCAGGUUAUUGGAAGACAAAACAGCCAAAUAAGUUGAAGUUGUGUUUUUCUGAAGUUUCAGCAACAAAAACGUGGCCCUGAAACCGUUACAGUGGAACAUUUUGGCACUAGCAUUGAUCGUCAUGUGAGUAAAAAGCCGUUUUCUCCGUUGCAUUUAUAUUCCGUUUACUUAAAAAAUCCCAGUAUAAGUCCUGUAAUUUGCUUUGCAGCUACUUUGAAAGUGUAUUCAACGCUUGUCCUUCUAACUUUUUUGUGUCCACCAUUAUUUAUUAUUAAUAUUGUUCAUUCAAAAUAUUUCGCUGUUUUUGAUUGGCUCAAUUCUUCAUAAGCAACCGGUGAUGCAAAAAUUUGGAAGAUGUGCGAAAUAUACCAUUGAUUCGAUAGUACAUUGUUUGAAAACGAGGUUGAUCGAUGGUAUUUGAGCCUGGAAACGAGGCAACUUGGGCAACAGACCAUCGAUCAACCUCGCUUCCAGGCACGGCCGCCAAGCUGUUUAUUCACGGGUGAACUUAAAAAAGUGGUGGCGUUCACGGCUAUCCGAAGACGAAAUAGCUGAAUUUCUUACUAUAACUGAACGGACGAAAUGCAAUAAUACGCAAAACAUACAUGUAUUGUUGGAUGGACAUUGUCUACUUUGUAAGCUGUAUCUACAAGAAAAAUCAUUUUUUUAUUAAUUAUAUCCUGAACCGUGCCGAGAAAUAGGCCAAAGUUUUGAAGAAAUUCUGCAAAGAGUCAGGCUUCUUAAGAACUUAGAAAUAUUUUGAAUAAAUAAUGAGACAAUUAUGGAAUUCGGUUUUCGUAUGAUGUGAAAUUAUGCAGAUCGAUCUCGGAGGAUUUUAUUCACCUCGGCCUUUAUCCUCGGUAGAUCAUAUUUUCCUUGAUCUGCAUUAUUCUUUACACCGUACUCAGCCUCAUUCAAUAAUUGCUCACUAUUAUUUUGAACACCUAGAGCAGAGGAGCUGUUCAGUUUAAUAAACCUGACUGAUCGUAGCGGUCGAACCCUUGGCAAAUGCUGUGAUCAAGGACCUGGUUUCUACUUACCUUAAACUGAGUAAGUACUUAAUUAUCAUGGUAGUGAUAGAAGAUAUGUUCAUUCACUGUCUUCACAGACUACAUCGCAAGAAUUCUCUGGUAUCACAAGCAAUGGAAUCUUGGAGUAAUGAAUUCGACUCUCUACUUGGUCGGCUAGGACUUGCUCGUCGUGACAUCGAUCAAGUGUUGUCUUUUUUACCCUCCUUUAAUUCUAAGCAUUCGGAGAAAUAUGAGAGCCCAGAGAAAGGAAACAUAUCUGCAACUUUACACAAACAGUCUCAAGUUGUCCCUGAAGAACGAAAAGACUUCGGGGAUAUGGAAGAAUUGGACUGA